UCCACUUAGCUAGAAACCAUUUCUUGGCCCGUUUUCUCAACCUCUCACUAUAGAGUUAUGGCUUCAAUUUGUUUCGUGCUUCUUUUACUAGUUGUUUCUGUAUCACCUGUUGUUAUUGCCGAUGAAGUUGUUUCUGUAUCACCAGUUGUUAUUGCUGAUGAAGUUGUUUCUUUAUCACCAGUUGCUGUUUCCGAUGAACGCACUACUGGGUCUCUUUUCGCGAAAAACCCGGCGAAUUGGACUUAUUGCGUGGCUAAGGAUGGAGCCGACCAGAAGUUGUUGCAGGCGGCAAUAGACUGGGUGUGCGGUGAACAGAAAUAUGACUGUUCUGCUAUGCUGGAGGGGCACCUGUGCUAUGAGCCCAACACCCUUGAAGCACACGCAUCCAUUGCCUUUAACAUGUACUAUUACAAGAAUUUAGGUCGAACUGAAAGCUGCGUUUUUAAUGGUGCUGCCUGGAUUACAACAAAUAACCCUAGUCACGGCCUCUGUAUAUUUGCUGGAAGCAGCAGGAUUGGCGCAUCAGAUGGAUCCCAGCUUAAACCACCUCCUGGCAGUUCCAUGGCUUCAAAAAUAUCUACUGAUUGUUCUCUUCUUCCACUGGUUUUACUAGUAGUAGUUAGUCUCGUUUCAUAUCAGUUAUUGGCUUCACUUAUAAGGCCCUUGAUGUAUUGGGUGUUUUAUCUAUCAGUUAAAUAAAUCAAAAGCCUUUAAUUA